AUGUUCAAGCGCUCGUUCCGGUCUCAGGACCAGACGCAGAGCCGCGUCGACAAGGCCGCAAGACUCAAGAAGUUGGGCUCCGUACGGGAUCCCACGAAGCUUUCGAAACUGCAACGGUCGCUCACAGAGCAGGACUCGACCAAACCUAUCCCCAAGGCUAAAAAGUCGGCUCCCGCCCCCGCAGCGCCCCCCGCCGCCACGGCCUCGCCCUCACCCAUCGUCACUCUGACCGUGGGCCGCGACGGCCGGCUCUUUGCAGCGCACGAGGAUGUCCUCCGCCAGUCGCCCUUCUUCGAGGCCGCCUUGCGGACCGGCUACCACGAUGCGCAGAGCAGGAGAAUCUCCCUCCCCGACGAAGAACCCGAGGUCUUCUCCGCCAUCCUCGAGUACCUGUACAAGGGGGACUACUACCCCCGCCUGUUGCACAACCGCUCCCGCAACUCCUGGGAGCUCGAGGACCAGGGACGGACACCUCAAACCUCCCCCAACCCCGAAAACGGAGGUGGCCGCGCAGGCACCGGUGUCGCCGCCGGCUCCGAGGCCACCGUCUUCCUGUCCAGCGUCAACGCCGCCAUCCUCCGCGACACAGUCAUCUACUGCGCCGCGGACCGAUACGGCCUCGAGGAGCUCAAGCGUCUGUCCCUGCGCAAGCAGGGGCUGCAGGCCGGCAUCGACGUUGCCACCAUCCUGCGGUCCGCGCAGUACGCCUACGCUCACACCCCAGACACUGACAGCCGCCUGCGCGCUCACUACCUCGCCCUGAUCAUCCGCUGCCGCAAGACGUUCAAGCGGAGCGGGACCAUGCAGGCUGAGAUGGAGGCGGGUGGCAGCAAGCUGUUCUUCGACCUGUUCGUAGCCAUGUGCAACCACCUCGACGACGUCAUCGACGUGAGCAACGCUCGCACGCCGAGAACCGUCUGA